GGAAGACUAUGUAGAAGAUCCAUGGAUGUGAUGAAGAAGAAAAGGAAGAAGGCCGAUGUUAGAGAAGAGAUUGAAGAUGGCAUUAGAAGGAGAGAGGCGCCCCCUAAUGAUCAGAACAACGCAGCAAUCAAAGCUGAACCUGGAGAUAACAUCAUUCUGCCAUGUAAAGAUCCUGAUCAGCUAAACAUCAGAAUCGCAGAGUGGAAGAGAACCGAUCUGRGAYCAUCAGAUCWUGUCCUCCUGUACAAAGAUAAUCAGCUUGAUCCYGGAGCCCAGCAUCCAUCYUACAGGGACCGAGUUGAUCUGCUGUGUAAUCAGUUAAGGAAAGGAGACGUGUCUCUGAUUCUGAAGAACACGACGACUGAUGACAGCGGGACGUAUGAAUGUCGAGUUGAUACAGAAAAACAUGUGGGGGAACUGAUCAGCACCAUCAGCCUCCAGGUUUCUCCUCCUCCUCCUCUUCCUCCUCCAGAACCGUUUCCAGUCUGGGCCACAGUUCUACUGGUUCUACUGGUUCUGGGUCUGGUUGCUGCUGCAGGAGUUUCUGUUUAUUUAUGGCUCCCCUGGAAACCAGACCCAGAACAGGUGGAGGUGGAAUCAGGGAAGGAGUCUGUUAAGCUGCCCUUAAAGGUCCCACGUUUCCUGUGGUUCUGUAAAUACAGACUGUCUGUGGCUAAAGUGGAGUGGAAGGAUGGAGACAACAGGACCGUCCAUGUGUAUCAGAWCGGUUCUGAUCAGCCUGGAGAACAGAACCAGCGCUACAAAACCAGAACCAGGAUGAACCUGUUGAAGAAUGGAGACCUCAGUCUGACUCUGUCAUGGCCGACUGAGGGAGACAGAGGGACCUACAGCUGCAGCGUCUACAACAGGAAGGGACACGUCCUGAUGGAAAAAAAAUUCUGCCUAAAGGUCAAAGAACCCUGAAUCCUUCCAGAACCC